AUGCUCUCCUUCGUCUCGCGCCCCUUCGGCUGGCUCGUGGCCACCGCGUCCAAGAGCGUGCAGAAUGCUCUCCUCGCCGUCCUCGCCGCAGGCCCCAUUCCCCAGCACAUUGCCUUUGUCAUGGAUGGCAAUCGCCGCUACGCCCGCAGUCAUCACAAACGUGUCCAGGAGGGGCACGCGGACGGCUUUCUCGCCCUCCGCCGCGUGCGUCCCAUGCCCCUGUGUCUCUGUGCUCGUGCUCACGGCGCCUUGCACAGGUCCUUGAGAUAUGCAUGCGCCUGA